AUGGCCACGAAAAUCAACCUGAAGGUCAUCGCACUGGUGCAUCCCGCGGGAAAGAAUCAACAGAUGCGACUCACUCGAAAUCGCAGGGGAAUGCUAAAGCCGAAGGUGCUAAGCGAUACCAUCCAUCAUAAUACUGAUGAGGGUGACUCAAGUGAUGUGAACGCGGAAAUUCAUAGCCCAACUGAAGCAAAACCUUCAACAUCACAUGCCGAAGAGAACAAGUAUCUAAGUCCUGAAAAAGGUGAGAGCAACGUAAACGGCGAUACAGCCAGUCCGAAUAAGGCGGAGAUGCCGGAGACCUAUAUUGACAAGAGCAUUCAUCCGCCCACGGAUGCAGAUGGAAGCAAGAAUGAAGACCGAGACAGCAAACCUGGUGAUUCGCACGUUGAAUCCUCUGCCAUCGUUCCUAUGGAAGAAAAGUCUGAUGCAGGAAAAGGAUCAGUUGCCAUUCUGACUACGCCUAAAAACUCGAAUAUGCCAGGUGAAGGUACCGACAAAAAUGGAAGUGAAGCUGCCAAGGGGUAUGAUCCUGACGUUCCUCUAGUGUCAGGUGUCGACGAACCGGUGGCACCAACUCAUACCAAAGGGAUUACGACAGAGGAGACAAGUACAGACACUAUCAUAGUGGUAGUGAAGCCAGUCAUUCAGCCCGAGCCUGCCAUGGAGAAGCAAAAUGUGCCACAAAAAGGUGAAGGUACCGACCAAAAUGGAAGUGAAACUGUCAAGGGGUAUGACCCUGACGUUCCUGUAGUGUCAGGUAUCGACGAACCGGUGACACUAACUCAUACUAAAGGGAUUACGACAGAGGAGACUACAACGGACACCAUGACAUUGGUAGUGAAGCCAGUCAUUCAGCCCGAGCCUGCCGUGGAGAAGCCAAAUGUGCCACAAAAGGGAGAAGGUACCGACAAAAAUGGAAGUGAAGCUGUCAAGGGCUAUGAUCCUGACGUUCGUGUAGUGUCAGGUGUCGACGAACUGGUGGCAUCAAAUCAUACCAAAGGGACUACGACAGAGGAGACAAAAACAGACACUAUCACAGUGGUAGUGAAACCAGUCAUUCAGCCCGAGCCUGCCGUGGAGAAGCCCAAUGUGUCACAAAAAGGUGAAGGUACCGACAAAAAUGGAAGUGAAGCUGCCAAGGGGUUUGCUCCUGACGUUCCUGUUGUGCCAGGUGUCGAGGGACCGAUGGCACCAACUCAUGCCAAAGGGAUUACGACAGAGGAGACUACAACGGACACCAUGACAAUGGUAGUGAAGCCAGUCGUUCAGCCCGAGCCUGCCGUGGCGAAGCCAAAUGUGCCACAAAAAAGUGAAGGUAGCGACAAAAAUGGAAGUGAAACUGCCAAGGGCUAUGAUCCCGACGAUCCUGUAGUGUCGGGUGUCGACGAACUGGUGGCACCAACUCAUACCAAAGGGAUUACGACAGAGGAGACCGAGACGGACAGCAUUACAGUGGUAGUGAAGCCACUCAUUCACCCCAAGCGUGCCGUGGAGAAGCCAAAUGUGCCACAAAAAGGCCAUAAAGCAAACCAUAAAAUUGCUGCUGAGAAUUUAGAAAGCAGUUUCAUAUUUUGA